GAGUCUUCGGUUUGAACUCUCGUCCCAUCACAGGGUUGAAAGAACCGCAGCUGUACUUCUACAUCACCGCGUGAUUGUUUAAACUAUAAGACGAAAAUGACAGAUCCAAGAUCCAAGAUUCAGCCAAAGAUGUGAGAUGUUUAAGUUAACUCGUGCCUGAAAUCGACUAACAGCGUAAGGUACUGAUACAUAGAGGAACGUUUUAAAACAGCUCAUAGGUUCCGUCAGAGCAGUAACUGCUGUGACACCAUUCUCAUGGAGUGUGUCUUUUAUUUUCACUUCCUGGAUCUGGAAGAGUGGAUGAGGUGAUAUAGAGUAACGUGGAGCAGGUCUGCAGAAGACAAUGGUGUUGAAAGAGAUUCCAGCUGAGAAUUUAACCCGGCCUCUGGGCCGCAAUGAAGUAAUCGGCUUGCUUUUCCGCCUGACAAUAUUUGGUACGGUGACCUACUUUACCAUCAAAUGGAUGGUAGAUGCAAUUGAUCCUACAAGGAAGCAGAAAGUUGAAGCACAGAAGCAGGCAGAAAAGCUCAUGAAACAGAUUGGUGUGAAGAAUGUGAAACUUUCAGAAUACGAAAUGAGCAUUGCUGCUCAUUUGGUUGACCCAUUGAGUAUGCAGAUCACUUGGAAUGACAUAGCUGGCUUGGAUGAUGUCAUCACUGAACUGAAAGAUACAGUUAUACUUCCCAUCCAGAAGAGGCACUUAUUUGAGGGAUCAAGGUUACUACAGCCCCCAAAAGGUGUGCUGCUGUAUGGCCCUCCAGGCUGUGGCAAGACACUGAUUGCUAAAGCCACAGCCAAGGAGGCAGGCUUUCGCUUCAUAAAUCUGCAGCCCUCCACUCUCACUGACAAGUGGUAUGGAGAGUCCCAGAAACUUGCCGCUGCUGUUUUCUCCCUGGCAGUGAAGCUCCAGCCUUCCAUCAUCUUUAUUGAUGAGAUUGAUUCCUUCCUGAGGAGCCGUUCCAGUUCGGAUCAUGAGGCCACAGCCAUGAUGAAAGCGCAGUUCAUGAGUCUCUGGGAUGGGCUAGACACAGAUUUCCACUGCCAGGUCAUGGUAAUGGGAGCCACCAAUCGGCCUCAGGAUCUGGAUUCUGCUAUACUGAGGAGGAUGCCCACAAGAUUUCACAUCAAUCAGCCAAACUUCCGACAAAGGGAGGAAAUCCUGAAACUCAUUUUGGAAAAUGAAAACGUGGAUGCUGUUGUUGACCUGCGGGAAGUUGCGAAGGACACUGAUGGGUUCUCGGGAAGUGACCUUCGAGAGAUGUGCAGGGAUGCGGCCCUGUUGUGUGUGAGAGACUUUGUUCACAGCAGCACUGUUAAUGACAGUCAAGAAGAGGAGUUUAUCCGACCUAUCCACCAGCAAGACCUCCAAAAGGCAAUAGAAAAGAUGAAGAAGUCCAAAAGUGCGGGAGUACAGAGCGUUCUGAUGCAUGCUGCCUUAGACUGAGGAUCAACAGUGAUGAGACUGGCCUGUGCCUGUGUAGGCACUGUACUCCACAGCAGCACAUCCUGGGAAAGGAGUCCAGUGGGACUGGGUGAGGGAAAGGACUACCAUUGCUCAUUUAUUUUCAGUUUUCUAAAAGAAAAGAACUGGGACAACAUUAUCUGAGUGUGAGCUAAAUUUGCAGUCUGAAGCCAAGGUAAACUAGUUUCUUGUUUCUUUGACAAGUUACAGUCCUCCUGAAAUAUCUUACACCAGCAUACCAUAGAGGCAAUGAACUUUUCCGCAUUCUGUUCAUUAAAAAAGUUAUAUGUAAUGGGAAUCUUUCUUCAGUUCCUUUUAAAAGAUUUUUGUCUAUAGAUAAAUAUGCCAUAUAUAGUACAACACGGUUUAUAGGUAAAGGAUUUGAAAAUUGGAAAUCUGUGUUAUUUGCACGUCUAACAAAAUAAUCAUUGUCUAAAGACCAAAGGAAUAUACCAAGUGUGUUUUCUUCAUGUUUCUUUGUUUUGGACAUGAAGGUAUGGUGGAUGUUUUUAUUUUUUACCAUCUUUCUAGUCGUUUGAAGGAAGCAAAGAAUACAGGAGAAAGUCCAAGAGCCCACUGCUAAACACACUGAAGGUUUUACAUGACUUUCCUGAAUGUUCAAAACAGAUAUUUUAUACUGCUUUGGUACAGGUGGUUUGGUUUCAGGCAGCUGUGGUGACUCAAAGAUGCAAAAUUAAACCGUGUGUAACAGAAAGAGACUUUACGGUGUACAGACAGACAUGAUUCAGAUGCUGCUGAGUUUAUGGCUCAUUAGAGCAUGGCCUUCUGUUCUUUUAUCAAUGCGAAUACAUUCUAUUAUAUGUUUAGUGAAAUGAAAUAUUUUGCAAACUGCACUCUAAUAUAUUUUUAUUUUAAUGAGUAGAAUGUUUUUUUUACAAAACAGGUGAAUUUUAAUUUUAAACAUUGUAAAGUUUUUUUAUUCUAGUAUUAGUGACUAAAUUGUUUUUAGUCUUUAGUUCAUCUGUCGGCGCUUAUUUGGCAACGGCGUGAAGUUAGUUGCAUACAGUUGAGUGCUGCAGUAGGGUUGUUCCCAUGUUUAAAACAUGGUUUCAAUACACUCAUUGCAUUUUAUGUUUGUGUAAGAUUAGCUCUAGUUAACCUGACAAAAACAAAAAGCACUGUUUCUACAUAGAAUGCACUGAAAUUUGUCAGGUCUAAAACUCAGAUUGAAGAGCUGAUGUUGAUAUAAGUAUUCACCAAAAUCUGAUGUUGAUAUAAGUAUUCACCAUUCAAACAGAUGUUGAAGAAUAUGAUUCCAAAUAUUUCAGUGGCCAUUCUUUGGCAAAAUUAAGGUGAAUAUUAUUUAGUCUGUACAGCUUUGUUGCUGAUCUAAUAAAAGUUAAACCGUGCCCUUUCUUUUUGAUCAGAACUAAUAGAGGCAUCAAAGAAAAAAGUUCUCCCAUAGGUGUGUCUAUAUGAAUAAUAUUUUCAGAUGCCAUAUAAGACUGUAUUUCUUAAGUCAUUCUAUAUCCAGGCCAUAUUUUUCCCCAAAAUUAAUCAGGUAAGACCAAAGUAAUUUACCGUACCACAACAGAAUUGAUUCCCUGAUUCUAACAUUCAUUAUGUGUACAGAGCUCUGAUGUAAUAAAAACUAUUUUUCACGAAGAAGAAACAAGAGUGACGCAUCAAAAAAACAAAACAAUGUAUUAGACAGAACCAUCUUACCAGGCUUGCAGAGUAUGUGUUAGUAAAAGGCUGAUAUACCACGGUUGUGCAAGUGUUGUAAGAAUAAUGGUCUAUUACACUCUCUGUGGGUGCUUCUAUUAAUAUGGAUCACCUAGUAUCGCACAGUGUAGAUGGAAGACUGUUGACUUAGACCAGUUUAAAAAUCCUUCUUUGAGAAUCUUGAUAUCUUUGUGGAAGUUACGUCACAGAUCCUCUUUUAUAGCCAUCCAGUAGCACAGACCAUAGCCCCUGAAAAAGUUGCAAAGACCUGGCAAAGUCCUUUCCAUUUCCUGCACUGUCCCUAAACAUGAUCAUGAACAUGAUUGAGAAAUCUCUGGAAUCUUGCUUGCGUACAUCAACCAGAGGGUUGUGCCCCAGUCUUAUGCGUACUUAUAUUUUGCCUGUACUGUUUGUGCUUCUACAAUAAACAAGAUUUUAUAUUCAGA